GUCAGUUCCUUGAAGAGAGCGAUUCCCACGAAUUGCUUUAAUAUUAAUUCUAAUUAACAAUUGUUUGACAAAUAUUUUACAUAAAAAUGUUAUGGUUAGGUAUUUGUCUGUUUUUGUUGGGCUCCACUCAAUCGGCACCCGUAGGACCCGAUGACCAGUACCAGAUCGGCACUGGUAUUGCAGAUGUUACCGGGCCAGCAGCUGAGAUCAAUAUGAUGGGUUACGCGAAGUUAGGUCAGGACACUAGUGGUAUACAUCUAAGACUAUUCUGCAGGUCUGUGGUAGUGGUGGACAAUAUUGGCAACAGAAUACUGUAUAUCACAGCAGAUCUUCAGGGAAUCGCACAGAUUCUCAAAAUUGAAGUAGUGAAAGCACUGGAAGCUAAAUACGGGGAUCUCUACCAUCACGAGAAUGUAUUAAUCAGCGCAACGCAUACCCACUCAGGACCGGGAGGUUUCUUCCAGUAUCUGCUCUACAUAUUCACAACUGAAGGCUUUAUAACCGAUAGCUAUCAGGAUAUUAUCAACGGAAUCCUUACCAGUGUGGACAGGGCUCACAACAAUCUGAAACCUGGUAAUAUCUAUUGGAGUGAAGGAGAACUGACCGAUUCCAGUGCUAAUAGAAGUCCCGCCGCUUAUGAAAACAAUCCCAAAGAAGAAAAAGAUAAAUACAAAUACAAUACCGACAAAACGAUGAAUGUCUUAAAGUUCACUGAUCUAAACAAUAAGCCGUUAGCGAUGGUCAACUGGCACGCCGUCCAUUGUGUCUCAAUGAACAACUCAAACACAUUGAUUAGCAGUGAUAACAAAGGAUUUGCUUCACUUCUCAUGGAGUCGGACUAUAACGCCGGACAAUUGCCCGGAAAGGGUCCAUUUAUUGCUAUCUUCUCUCAAGCAAAUGAAGGCGAUUCCACACCAAAUACGGCCGGAGCCCGAUGUAUAGAUACAGGCGCUCCGUGUGAUUUCAUUACAAGCACUUGUCACGGAAAGAAUGAAAAAUGUGUUGCUUUUGGUCCCGGAAAAGAUAUGUUUGAAUCGACACAAAUCAUUGCCCGAAAACAAUAUCAAAAGGCCAAAGAGCUGUUUGAGGGCAACUCCCAGACCAAACUGAAGGGUCCGAUUCAAUACAUCUACCAAAACAUCGAUAUGUCUAACUAUGAGGUCAAACUGCCCGACAAUAAGACAGUCAAGACGUGUAAACCCGCUUUAGGUUAUUCUUUUGGUGCCGGAACUACUGAUGGAGAGGGGGCUUCAAUGUUCCAACAGGGGACACACGUCGGCGAAGAGCCCAAGUUCUGGGACUUUGUCCGCAAUCUGAUCACAACACCGACCAAAGAGAUCACUGACUGCCAGAGUCCGAAAGCCAUACUAUUACCGGUCGGCGAAAUGACUUUCCCCUACCAGUGGGCGCCGAAUCUGAUGCCAACCCAACUGUUGCGGAUCGGAGAUGUGGUGAUAGCGGGUCUGCCCGGAGAG